AUGGGUGAAUCUGCAGUUCUGUUUCAUUCAUAUUUGUUCGCAGCUCCUCUUUCUCGUCAUGAAGCUCAUGAGGAUAAUACGAUCCAUGCGCUUAGUCAAUCAGUCUCCUUUGGAAGAUUCACGACAGAGAGUCUUGAAUGGGGGAAGUGGUCAAGUUUCUCGCACAAGAAGUAUGUCGAUGAAGCAGAGAAAUACUCUCAGCCUGGAUCUGUUGCUCAGAAGAAGGCUUUCUUUGACGUUGUUGUGCUUGAUGGUCUGGAAGAGAAGGAGAAUCACGCUGAGGAUGAGAGCUCUUCUGUUGAAGAAGAGAGAAAAUCUGUAACCAAGAACUCAUCGUUGUUUAGAUCAGAAGCUCCAGACAAAGCAAUGGAGCUUGUUGUCACACGGAAAACAAGUGAGAAUUUGAUGAAGAACAACGAAAAACCCGUUCGUCAGCGAUUCAGUUUAUUGAAGCUUUUCAUGGGAAACACUAAGACUCAACGUCAGAACUCCAAGAGAAAGUCAGAUAAGAAACCAAACAAACCAUUUCUAUGUCUUUGCUUCAACCCUGAUAUGGUCAGGGAAACAAAAGGGCCAACCAAAACUAAGAAGAGGAAUCUCUGAGAAUAAAAGAUAGAUUCUUCUUCAGUGUUGGCUAAAACGCUUUUAGAAAGAUCUGUCCUCGGAUUCAGAGUAUGGUAGCAAAAUAGAAUCUUUUGAGUGCACAGUGGCAAAACACAAAACUGGAACACCCAGAUGAAAGAAGGCUUCAUUUUCUUGUAUUGUAUAUCUUCAAUGAAAUAAUUUG